CCUCUAACCUGGGCUGUCAGCUGUCUUUUGUUGGUACUCUUGUUUGGACCAGAGUUUUUUCUCUCUGCCCUGGCAAUUAUUGUUUGCAAAUAGAAACGUGACAAUAAAAUAAUUUAAAGUUUUGUUUAUUUUAUUUGAUUUUUUAAAUACCUAUACGAAAUGCAAAACACAGAUCUCGAAAAAUUAGCAGUCAUUUCAAUAAUCGAUUUAUUCCAAGGCAACUCAAAAAUAAUCAAAUAUUCGACCUACAUCCCAGAACUUUGGAGACAUUUUUACUUCAUGGCGGAGCUAGAUGAAACGUUUAUGAAUGAUGAUCAUGCGAACAGACUCUCUACCGAGAUACGCAGAUUCUAUAAAUCUGGAGAGUUCUGUGAUAUUGUUUUAAUCGCUGGAGUCGAUUGCUUCAAAUUGUCGGCUCACCGAAUGGUUCUGUCAGCUUCAAGUGGGUACUUUCGGACGAUGUUCCAGAGCAAUCUGAGCGACGCAAAGGCGCCUGAAGUAAAACUCGAGCAAUGGGAUGGAGUUACUCUAAAGACCAUCGUCGACUUUAUGUACACACCAACUGUCGACAUAACCAAUGAAAAUGUUGAGAACAUCUUAAGGGCAGCCGAUUUUCUUGAUAUUAGCACUCUUGUGACAUCGUGCUGUAACUUUAUGAUGAGCCAUCUGUAUGCUAGCAAUUGCUUGAGAAUAGUAUUCUUCGCAGAGCAACACAACUAUUGGGAGUUGCUAGAAAAAGCCCUUACCUAUACGCAUUUAAACUUUGAACAGGUUACGAAAGAACAAGAGUUUCUUGAGAUGACCGGUGAACAAUUGGGACGAUUUUUGGAAAGUGACAAAAUUCAUGUAUCGUCGGAAAAGUCGCUACUUCUGGGUCUGGUUGAGUGGAUCAAACAUGAUCCUGAAAAUCGUCAGGAUUCAAUUCCCAUUUUGCUAAAGCUCAUUCGUUACCCUUUAUUGGAACCAAAGUGUAUUGUUGAGAAUCGAGAGUUUCUUUGUAGAUCACCCGAAUGCCAGGGCAUUAUUUUGGACUGGCUUCAAUACCUUCUAUCGCCCCAAAGUCGUAGCCAAUUCCCCCUGGCAUCAAACACACCAAGACAAUCGUGUAAAAGGCUCUAUUUUAUUAGUGGCAAUGAUAAUUCUUCGAAUUUCAGAGUUCAAACAUUCGAUCAUGCGAAGAAUGUGUGGUCUCCAGUAGAAUGGCCACAUCCAAUGAGGAGAAGAAAGUUUUUUGCUGCUUGUGUGAUGGAUAAUCUCUUGAUUGUAGGCGGUGGAGACCAUAUUGGACGGUCUACUGCUGAAGUUGAAUACCUUGAUAUUCAGUCACUGAAAUGGACUCGUUUGCCAGCGAUGUCUAUGCCACGCAGGUGGUUCUCCUUGGCCGUGUUGGAUGGAUGUUUAUAUGCGUUGGGUGGCAUUGAUUCGUAUUGGACUAAUUCGGUGGAGACGUACAGUUUCAAGACAGACAAGUGGACCGAAAUGCCAGCAAUGAAUUCCCCACUAAUGUACACCCAGUCAGUGGUUGUUGAUGGGAAGUUGUAUGCAAUUUGUGCUGAAAAUCGUGGUUUGGAGUGCUUCGAUCCGCUCACCAAUAAAUGGUCUUCGUUGCCACCAAAAAAUGAAUUUUCCGCACAAUAUGCAUUGGGUGCUGUUGGAGGGUAUUUGUAUGCGAUUGGUGGGCAUUAUGCUGAGGGUAGAAGUAAGACUGUGGAACGAUAUGACCCGAAGACUCAAAGAUGGUCGACAGUGUCGUCGUUGAAAGUGGGACGAUCAAGAAUUUCGGUAACUGCAUUUAAUAACAAAUUGUUCGCAUGCGGUGGUCAUGAUGGGCGAGAGUUCUUAAAAAUAGUCGAAGAAUAUGAUCCGCACACUGAUAAGUGGACUCAAUUGGCACCUUUGCAUGUUGAAGGUGAUAGUUGUUCCCACGUCUUGGCAAUUUAAAUUGCACUUAAUUUGUACACAAAUUUUAGUUCUUAGACAAAAAUUACAUAAUAAAAUCGAAAUAUUAUAUUUUAUAUACCUAUAUAUGUAUGUAUUAUAUAAUUAAAUCGAAAUAUUAUAUUUUACAUAA